AUGGCUAUUCCCUCCGUCAAAUUGAACAGCGGCUUCGAAAUGCCCCUCGUGGGCUUCGGCCUGUGGAAGGUCAACAACGACACUUGUGCCGACCAGGUCUACGAGGCCAUCAAGGCCGGUUACCGUCUCUUCGACGGCGCCUGCGACUAUGGCAAUGAGGUCGAGGCCGGCCAGGGUGUUGCUCGCGCCAUCAAGGAGGGCAUCGUGAAGCGCGAGGACCUCUUCAUUGUCUCCAAGCUGUGGAACAGCUUCCACGACGGCGAGCGGGUCGAGCCUAUCUGCCGCAAGCAGCUGGCCGAUUGGGGUGUGGACUAUUUCGACCUGUACAUCGUGCACUUCCCAAUUGCCAUUAAAUAUGUCGACCCGAAGGUUCGCUACCCGCCCAGCUGGUCGUCCGAGGACAACAAGCUGGAGUUCAGCAACGCUACGAUUCAGGAGACCUGGACCGCCAUGGAGAAGCUCGUCGACCUGAAGCUGGCCCGCAGCAUCGGCAUCAGCAACUUCAGUGCCCAGCUGCUGAUGGAUCUGCUGCGCUAUGCUCGCGUCCGCCCUGCCACCCUUCAGAUUGAGCACCACCCUUACCUCACCCAGACCCGCCUAGUCGACUAUGCCCAGGAGCAGGGUCUGGCUGUCACUGCUUACUCUUCAUUCGGUCCCCUCAGCUUCCUUGAGCUCGAUGUCAAGAAGGCUCAGAACACCCCGCCGCUGUUCCAGCACGAUACCAUCAAGGCCAUUGCCGAGAAGCACGGCCGCACUCCCGCCCAGGUCCUGCUGCGCUGGGCCACCCAGCGCCAGAUCGCUGUCAUCCCUAAGAGCAACGACCCUACCCGCUUGGCACAGAACCUGCAGGUCACCGACUUCGACUUGGCGGCCAGCGAGGUUGAGAGCAUCAGCGCCCUCGACCAGGGUCUGCGCUUCAACGACCCGAUCAACUACGGUCUCCCUAUCCCCAUCUUCUAA